ACGCAGGGUAUGUUCUGCGCUUGUCAGCUCAAAACGGCCAGAACUGAGGAGCUGGUAACCCACACGCAAAACUCGGGUACGCGAGCACUUUUGCAUUCUAAAUUCGUUGUCAAAUCAGUCUCUCCGGCUUGGUGUUCCACCUCGCGCCCAGCAGCACGACGCCAUAACCACACAGCCAUUGCGACGGGUCAAUGCUUGUGCCCUUUCAUAACGUGCAUUACUCUGUUCGCUGAAUCCAGUCGCACGGUUCGUGAACAAGACAGCAGCAGCAGCAGCAGGCUCCGGGCGACCACUCAGAAUGAGCAUCGGAGGCCUCGCCAACUCCACGGGCAUCUCGACAGACCGGUGGCAGUGGCUGUUUUCUCGGUUCGACCUUUCCAAGCACGGCGUCAACGAGCACGUGACCGCGGACGAGCCGGCGCUCGCCCUGGUGGCGUACCUGUCGCGCCCCGAAGAGAGGCUGGCCAUGCGACGCGUACUCGCCUGGAACGUCCUCCGCUACCUGGUCGGACCCAAGGCGGACGUCGUGGCGGCGCUGAACCGGACCCGGGCUGCAGAAGACGUGCCGGACAAGGACGCAGCCAUGGUGGGGGGCGUAGGCCAAUACUGCAGGGCAAAAGUUCAAGUUCUUGGGAGCUGUCGACUAACACGCCGCUCUCGCUUGAGUCACUAUAUAGUAAAUGCUGGGAGCGCACGCACAUCUCCAUGCACUCCGACGCCGGAGACCAAGUGUCGGCGACUGGUGAACAGACUGAGCGGCAUGCCGCACAGGGUCCUCGACUUAUUCGACGGCAAGGCCGCAGUGCCCGCUGCGGCCAUCGCGGGUGUGACCGACCUCAUGUCACAGCUCCAGGAUGCCGUGGCUUCCAUCUUCAAAGGCGGCGCGACGAACGGCAGUCCCAUCGCGGCAGAAGCGGACUCGACGCUUUUUCCAACAGCCAGCGCUAGGUCGCAAGCGGCGCUGUUUCCGGAUUCUAGACGACGGGACCUGGCUGACCCCAAGCAUCUUUUCGUGGCGCUCGCAGCCGCAACAAAGAGCACGACCGGAACCAUGCUGCAGGUACCCGUGGGGCCAGGAGACAGCUUCCCCCAGCGCUGGCUACGUCGCCUCCGCGCCUGGCACGGGCUCCCGCCGCUGGCGCAGGCGCUGCUUCCGGCGAUGACGUCAGCUGUCAGCGUGGACUCUCCGGCCGCCUUCUUCCGGCCACCAUUCUACGUUCCCGGAGCAUCGCCCGAGUACAACCUCGCCGCGCUGGGUCAGGUCAUCGCCAAGGCCCUGGCGCACGAGUUGGUAGAGCGGCGCCGCUUCGAUCCGGCCGUCGGAGGGCGCUGGCGAAGCUUCUGGCAAAGCCGCGACACCAGCGCCGCCAACGACAGCACUUACUGCCUGCAUGCCGGCCACAACAAGGCGAGUCCUACAUGCAGCCCGGCUCAGAACGACACCUGGCGGCAACGGAGAAUGAGCGAAAGCGAGCUCGCCGAGGGAGCGCGCCUCGACGAACUCCUGGGUUCCAGGAUAGCCUACUUGGCCUUCCAGAGAACCCGACUCGCCACCACCGCCGGGAGUGGUGGUCGUUCGACGACGACGGAACUGCUGCCGGGGGUGAAUCUCUCGAGCAGGCAGUUCUUCUUCAUAAUGCACUGCGCGCUCGGCUGCGCCAUGGGAGGGCAGCGGAGCCCGGCCGACCCCCAACAGCGAUGCAUGGUCGUGUACCAGACGCGAAGGCGUCUCGUCGACCGACCCUGCGGGCAGCUCGCCGAGAAGGGAAGCGGUCCGAACGAUUGCCGCUACAUAUAG